AUGAGGAUCGCCUGUUGUUGGUUACUCUUCCUCGCCGUUCUCUGCGUUCGAGGCUCGUUCCAACGAGCCAACAAACGAGCCAUUGAUACGGAGAGCAAGUCGGAUAGAACGGCGAAUAACGAUGCGCUGUCUCGUACGGGGAACGAAGACGCGACGAAGAAGAUCGCGAACAUGAAGAAAUUGCAGGAGUUGUUGAAAAAAGCGACAAAUUCUACCACGAACACAACUACACAGGUGACAGCAGUCAGACAAGGUCCAUGCCAAUGCGGAGGAGGAAUUUGUGGAUGUUGCUCUAGAAUUCUGUUCGAUACGUGGAAACAGAAAGCUUGCGUGAACGUCACAUACGAACCGGAAGAGUUCGCCUUCACUGCGAAAAUCUCGAUGAACGACAGAGUUUUGUACACGAGAACUGUGUCUGGAAAGAACCCGCGACCGGUAUGCGUGCCAGUGCCACGAAUUCCGAUUGUUAAAGCAUGCGUUCGAUUUUACAACAUAUACUUCCAGGGUAGAAAUAUGCACAUGUGCGUGAACAUGGAGGGGAAAUUCCGGGACGUCACGAUGUUCAAGGUCGGUUUAGAUUGCAUUAGAUUCGGUUCUAAUGGGCUGGCUCUGGUGAAGCCAGAGGACGGAGGUGGAAUAGGUCAAAUAGAAUUCUUGCCAGGUGACGACGAUGAUGAGGAUGAGGACGAUUAUGAUUACGACGACGAAGACGACGAAGACGACGAUUUACUUGAUUUCUGA